AAUUGAUCAAUUUUUGAGAACUACUUUCUCCAGGAAAAUGACAAGGGGACUUGCUCAUGUUUUGGUGUCAACACUGCUUGUAGUGGUUUGUUUUCUAUUUAUGCAAGUGCUUACUUUCCACGUUUGAAUCCAAAUUAUUAAAUUGAUGAUAUCUUUAUCAUUCUUUUUUCGAUUUAAUUGGAAGGACAGGCGUGAAUUCCAUCACUAGCUCCUAUAAAACAAUAUGAUUAUUGAGAUUAUUGUUUGGUUUUUUUUUUUUUUUUUUUUCACUCUUAUGUUGGUGUCUGACCUAAGUAUAUUUCGUUUAUUUGGCACGUUGCCUUACCUAAAUAAAGCUUUCCCCACUAAACAACCUUCAAACAUUGACUUACAAAUUGGGGAUAAUAUUUUUUAAAAAUAUGAUUUUGUUCCUAAAUUAGACUUGUUCUUUGAAUUUGGAUCCGGCGGGAUGAGUAUAGGUCCAUAAUUGAUGCGGAUCUGGGCGUAGCCCAGUCUACUUAUCUGCCCCUACUAGGAAAAAAAUGAAGAAAAAUCUUGCAAAAUCUCAGACGCUGCUCCCACCUUAUCCAAGCCAGUCCCUCUCAAAAUCAGCAUAUACCCUUUCGUGGAUCCCUGUGAUUAAUUUUCCACCCACCCAAAACCUGAACCAAUAAUCAAACGAAGACUUCCUAACCCGAAACUCCCCAAAACACUUUCUUCGCGAACAAGAAGAGAAAGACAUCAAAGGAACACAAACUCAUCAUCAUUCAUUUCUGUCAUGGCUUGUGCAACAAGAAGACCCACGUUCUCGUUCCACAUUUCUACCUCUUUCCCUCCUCCUCUUCUCCCAAAACUCUCAUUUCUUCACAAACCCAACAAAGUUGGUACCCCAUUCUCCAUUGACAUCUCCAAAGAAGACACCCCCACCUCCAGCCAACAACCUGCUUCAAACCCUGAUGAACCGCAAGAAUCACAAGAGAAGUUCGACAUGCGCCGACUCGAAGAGAAGUUUGCAGUGUUAAACACGGGUAUAUACGAGUGCAGGUCUUGUGGCCAUAAGUAUGAUGAAGCUGUGGGAGACCCUUCAUAUCCAAUACCGCCAGGUUUGCAGUUUGAUAAGCUGCCCGAGGAUUGGAGGUGCCCAACUUGUGGGGCAGCCAAGAGCUUCUUCGAAAGUAAGAGUGUGGAGAUUGCGGGAUUUGCGCAGAAUCAACAGUAUGGGCUUGGAGGGAAUGCACUGACUUCUGGGCAGAAGGCUGUGAUUAUAUAUGGGAGCUUGUUGCUUUUCUUUGUCUUGUUCUUGUCAGGGUACUGGCUGCAAUAGGUUGGAAUUGGGGGGAGGGGGAAAAUGGGAUAUAGUUAAGAGAUUUUGUAGCACUCUCUCUUUUCCUUUUUCUUUUACCGAUUAUAAAUAAUAUUGGUUAUGUUCAUGUAUAUUGGAUGUGUAUAUAAAUUCCAAUAUAUAAUUCAGGGAAUUGAUUAAUUCCAAAAGGUAUAUUUUGUUUUAUG